CCGAACUUCUCGAACCCGAACAUCCAGGUGUUCGCUCAACUCUAGUCAAUAAGUUAUUCCAGUAAGUCAUCUAUUUCCACAGAUAAAGAAGGCAGUACCGGUAUAUAUAUGUGUAUAGUGUCACUUGCCUGUGUUGCUAUGUUAUUCGGACUCCUUCCUGAUCUUCCUGGUGCUUGUGUUGUCGGGUGGUUAUGAUAGCUGUAUCUUCAGGUUUCCACUUACGAACGCGCACGGUCCCGGCCGGUGACGCGUGCACGUGAGGGGAACCCAGGCUGGUGAUCCACGAGGAUGCUGCUUUCGUGCGACGUCACACUCAGGAUGGAUGCUCUCUAGGACCAGAAUACUUCCAACGCGUUUCGAAAUUGCUGAAUUUCUUCAUCAGGGAACCAGAAAUCAGCGCCAAUGAGCGGAUCAUCUGGAAAUGACACUGGGGGCACGCCCCCUCUUCUCCACCAAUAGGAAGCCGUCUCUCUCCAGCCCACCUUACCUGCGGCCGCAAUAAAAGGAGCUGCGCGGGGCUUCUCUUCAUUACUGAUCUCCGCUCUGCAGCAGUGACAACCGGGCUCCCAUCAUGCCCGAGCCCGCCAAGUCCGCCCCAGCGCCCAAGAAGGGCUCCAAGAAAGCCGUCACCAAGGUCCAGAAGAAGGACGGCAAGAAGAGGAGGAAGAGCAGGAAGGAGAGCUAUGCCAUCUACGUCUACAAGGUGCUGAAGCAGGUCCACCCCGACACCGGCAUCUCCUCCAAGGCCAUGGGCAUCAUGAACUCCUUCGUCAACGACAUCUUCGAGCGCAUCGCAGGGGAAGCUUCCCGCCUGGCUCACUACAACAAGCGCUCCACCAUCACUUCCCGGGAGAUCCAGACCGCCGUGCGCCUGCUGCUGCCCGGAGAGCUGGCCAAGCACGCCGUCUCCGAGGGCACCAAGGCCGUCACCAAGUACACCAGCGUCAAGUAA